GGGGCGGCGCCCGCAAGGAUGAAUAAUUGAGGGAGAGGGGAGGAGGAAGAGGAGCGGCGGAGGAAGAGCGGGAGGCGGGAGCCGCCCGCGCAGGGUCCUCCCCACUCCGCACCCCACCCGCUCCGCCGCCCGGAAGUCGCUCCCCGCCUCCUGCUCCGCCAACAUGGCCGCGAAGUCGGAUGGAGCGGCGGCCGUGGCCGGCCCGGGGCCCGAGGGGCCGGCGGGAGCAGAUCGGGGCGGGGAGGGAGGGCGCGGGGAGGCUGCGGCGGGGAUCGCGGGCCCGGGACCGGUAGAGGUGGGGUGCCCGGGGCCACGCUACGAGCUGCGGGACUGCUGCUGGGUGCUGUGCGCGCUGCUCGUGUUCUUCUCCGACGGCGCCACCGACCUGUGGCUGGCGGCCUCCUACUACCUGCAGGGUCAGAGCACCUACUUCGGCCUCACCUUGCUCUUCGUGCUGCUGCCCUCGCUGGUCGUGCAGCUGCUCAGCUUCCGCUGGUUUGUCUACGACUACUCGGAGCCCGCGGGGACCCCGGGACCCGUCGUCAGCACCAAGGACAGCGACAUAGUCGGAGCCGCCAUCAGCACCAAGGACAGUGCUAUCGCCUUCCGGACCAAAGAAGGUAGCCCGGAGCUGGUCCCCCGGCCCGCACCAUCCUCGGCCGGCACCUACCGCCGCCGCUGCUGCCGCCUCUGCGUCUGGCUACUGCAGACCCUCGUUCACCUCCUGCAACUCGGUCAGGUCUGGAGGUACCUGCGCGCCCUGUACCUGGGGCUGCAGAGCCGCUGGCGCGGGGAGCGGCUGCGUCGCCACUUCUACUGGCGGAUGCUGUUCGAGAGCGCGGACGUGAGCAUGCUGCGUCUGCUGGAGACCUUCCUGCGCAGUGCGCCGCAGCUGGUGCUGCAGCUCAGCCUGCUGGUCCACCGCGGCCGAGAGCCCGAACUGCUGACGGCUCUCUCCAUCUCUGCCUCCCUUGUGUCCCUGGCCUGGACGCUGGCAUCCUACCAGAAGGUGCUGAGAGACUCCAGAGAUGACAAGCGGCCUCUGUCCUACAAGGGUGCUGUGGUCCAAGUGCUGUGGCACCUGUUCACCAUUGCAGCCCGAACCCUGGCCUUUGCCCUCUUUGCCAGCGUCUACAAGCUCUAUUUCGGCAUCUUCAUUGUAGCCCACUGGUGCAUCAUGACCUUCUGGGUUAUCCAGGGUGAGACAGACUUCUGCAUGUCCAAGUGGGAGGAGAUCAUUUACAAUAUGGUGGUGGGUAUCAUCUACAUCUUCUGCUGGUUCAACGUCAAGGAGGGCCGCAGCCGCCGCCGCGUGACACUCUACUACUGCAUCGUGCUGCUGGAGAACGCAGCGCUCACUGGCUUCUGGUACUCCAGCCGCAACUUCUCCACAGACUUCUACUCACUCAUCCUGGUCUGUGUGGUGGCCUCCAGCUUUGCGUUGGGCAUAUUCUUCAUGUGUGUCUAUUACUGUCUCCUGCACCCCAAUGGCCCCAUGCUGGGUCCCCAGGCACCUGGUUGCAUCUUCCCUGAAGCCCCAGGGCCUUGUGGCCCUCCAGCUGAUGCCAUCACAAGUCCGCCAAGGUCUCUGCCGAGGACUACAGGCACCGAGCGGGAUGGGGCCGCAGGGGGAGGUGAGAGAGCAGGGACCCCUACACCACCUGUCUUCCAGGUGCGACCCGGUUUGCCUCCCACGCCAGUGGCUCGCCCCUUGCGGACAGAGGGGCCUGUCAUUCGGAUUGACUUGCCUCGGAAAAAGUACCCAGCAUGGGAUGCUCAUUUUAUUGACCGCCGGCUCCGGAAGACCAUCCUGGCACUGGAGUAUUCCUCACCCGCCACACCCCGGUUGCAGUACCGGAGCAUGGGCACCUCCCAAGAGCUGCUGGAGUAUGAGACCACAGUAUAGGCGCAGUUGGCCUCCCAAAAGGGACAGGCUUGGCUGACCCCACAUUGACCACAGUGUUGAGUCUGGAUUUUUCAGGGCCACCAGGCUAAGUGGGAGUAGAUCUUUGGAUCCAAGAAUGGUCCCACCAUUAAGAUCCCUUAGGGCAGAGGGCAACCCCGUAGAGGCCCUAGGCCUCAUUUUAAGCCCUGUGGCCCAUUCUCUAAGUUCCCCUGGACCAGGGCACAGGGCGUCAACUGGUGCUACCCCUCAUGGACUGCCCUGCUCUCUUGGAGAUGCCAUAUAAUGCUUGGCACAGGGGUCUUAACUCUCCCUGGCCUAGACUCAUCUCACAUCAUCCCUGGUGAGCCUGCAAGAGAGGAGGCACUGCCUGGGGCCCAAGUACCCCUCAGGGAGUGUGGGGGAAGGGCUGCCUUGUGAUGGGAGGGGAUCUCUGAGAGAAGGAUGGAGAAGGCUGUGGGGGGUGUGGGAUAAGUUGGGGGGAAUCUCUGGACAGGGUUGGCACAGUUCCUGUAGGAAGCAGAGCUGGACAGAAAGAGAAUUAGAGCAGAGAGUCGGGGAGGGGACUUGGGGAUCUGACAGCGCAGGUGUUGGCAGGAUAGAGAACCCUGAGGAGUGUGGGCUGACAGCAAUAGGAAGAGUGAGGUGCCUCUGCUUGGGAGGUGCCCUUGGGAGGAGUUCUAUUAUGGAUGAAGUCUAGACCCCUCAAGUGAAAGGUCACAAGGUGCCAUUUGUUCUAGAUGUGCAUAUGGGAUGUGCCCUCUAGAGGAAGGUCUUAAGCACAGCAGAUAACAUGUCCAGGGAGA